UCUUAUUGACAGACAGUGGAUGCUCAGGAGAGCUGAAAAAAGAUGUUUCCGCUGCGGGGUCAUCUUACUGUGCAGUAUAUUUUGUCUCCUUGCACUCUACUCACCAGUGUACCAGCCAUCUACACAGAGAGAAGUGAUGGUACAAGGAUGGGAGGCAAACAUCAGCAGAAAUACCCGCCAAUACGUGUUACCGGAGAAUGUGACCACCGCCAUCAACGUAAACAACUUGUGUCCCUCAGAUCUGUUCCUACUAGUUAUAGUUUGCUCUGCCCCUGCCAACUUUGAACAACGCAGUGCCAUCCGAGACACGUGGGCAUCACUUGCUGAAGAUUCUGCCAGAGUUGCCUUUCUGCUUGGCGAGUCUGAUAACUCCACCUUGCAGGCUAAGGUUGUUGAAGAAAGUGGGAUUUACGAUGAUAUCAUCCAAGAAGGGUUUGUGGAUUCGUACAACAACUUGACCAUCAAGUCAGUGAUGAUGCUGAAGUGGGUGCAGCAGCAUUGCUCAUCAGCUCGGUUCCUGAUGAAGUCAGAUGAUGACAUAUACCUCAACCUCCCAGCUCUGUCGGAGGCCCUACAACCUGUUGCCAAGAGAAAAAACAUCCUCAUCGGUUCCUUAAUUUGUAAAGCCAAGCCUAUUCAGGACUCCACCAAUAAAUGGUACACUCCUCAGUACAUCUUCAACGAGCCUUACUUCCCCAACUACUUGUCUGGCACCGGUUAUGUGAUGUCCCAAGAUGUUGUUUCAAAACUUUACAAAGCUGCUCUCAGUACCCCCAUCAUACAUUUGGAGGACGUCUAUAUCACAGGUGUCUGCUCUCGUGCAGCUGGUGUGAAGCCCCUCAACCACUACGGUUUCUUCUACCAAAGACGGAAACUGUCGGAUUCUUGCAACCCCAAGGUGUUCACCAACCACCGUAUGUCUCCUGAUGAUCUCCGUACGGCCUUCUCUCAUGUCAGCAACUGUUCCACCCCUACAUCUACCCCCUUCUUGGUCACCACUCCCACCUCCCACUACCGUGCCAAACGCCUUCCCGUCUCCACAACAUGUCACUAACCACAAACUCCACAUGCCACAGUCGGUCUUUAUGCUCAAACAUUUUCUUUUAAUGUUAUCUCGAUAUUCUCAUGUAGAAUUGUAGCGUACAGGGAAGAAAGUGAUUUACUGUUAAAUUGAAGAAAGGUUGUUUUGGGUUGUUUUAACUUACACUAUAGUUUUGUUUAGAUAUUCUAGUUUUUUUUGCAAGUGAUAUUUUUUUGUCAGCUUUGAGUUUGUGUCCUCAAAUAAGCCAUUAGAUCUGGAAAACGCAUCAAAAGUGUGACACAAAUCUUUCUAAUAAUUUGUUACUAAUUAGGUAUUCUUUAUCUAGGGUGUGUAAACCUAACAUGAUAAGGUUUCAUUUAUUUUGACUGUAAUGAGUUGUUUAAUAGGGAUCAUGGCAUAAAUAUCUCAUGAAAUAACAAAUUUACUGUAGCCUAUAAUAACAAUAAUUUUUAUAUGGUCGAAAUCGAUCACCACUUACCAUCUUUUUUGUAUAUUUACGGUCUUCUGAGUAACAGUAUAAGCGUAAAUAUAUAUGUUUUAAGUUUUAUAAGACAUCUCUUUAUUUACUUUCCGUAAAUUUAAUAGCACAUACAAUGCUGAUCAAGAAGUUAUUUAAAUA